AUGGUAGUUUGUCCAGCCGAACACGGUGUUCAGGCGGAUGUUAUAUUUCUCGUAGAAGGUACAGCUGUAAAUGGAGCUUACAUCAACGACAUAAAAACAAACUACAUUAUACCUUGCCUAGAAUACUUCAGUCAGGGUAACAUAGAUGAGUCUAUAUACGUUCCGGAGAAUUCCAAUUCGCUUUACGGCAUUGUUGUGUUCCAAGCCGCCGAUUGUUUACCCCACCUAAGCACAGACACCUUCGGUCCUUUCAUCAGCCCUUCGAAAGUAUUAUCCGCAAUAGACAAAUUAGAUUUAGUAGGCGGUAAAGGCGAAUCCCACUCGAAUAUAGCAGAAGGUUUGGCUACUUCGUUGCUUUGCUUUGAGGAAUUGCAGCAGAAAAGAGAUGUCAGCACGCCGGUACAAAAACAUUGCAUUCUCAUAUGCAACUCCCCUCCGUAUUUGUUGCCCGUGUUGGAAACACAGGCGUAUUCCGGAAAAACUGCCGAACAAUUGGCGACAAUUCUGCAAGAGAAAAGCAUCAACUUUUCUAUAAUAUCACCGAGAAAGAUUCCUUCGUUGUAUAAACUAUUCGAAAAGGCCGGGGGCGAUUUGACUUCAUCACAAACGAAAAAUUACGCCAAGGAUCCCAGGCAUUUAGUUCUAUUGAAAGGAUUUAGUCUUAAGGAAAGGCCGGUCAGUCCGUGUCCGGGCACUUCCACUUCGGGCCAAACGCAAAUAACCAACACCGGUUUGCCUACGAUGACAUCCCUACCGAGUCCUUUGCCAGGCAACGACAGCCCCAUAUCGGGAACCAGCCAGCCUAAUUCGAAUAUUUUAGUCAAUACCACGGUGGGAGUCGGUGCGAAUGUUGGACAAAACAACGUUUACAGACCUCCUGGUGGCCAAGGUGUAGGUGUGGUAAAUGUAGCCGGUGGACGCAUGAUAGGAAACAACCAAAUGCCAAUGAUGCCGGUCAAUUGUCCGGGCUACCAUAACCCCGGUCAAAUGAACAGGUCGUCGCCACAUUGGAAUAUGCCGCCUCCCGUACCGCAAGUAAGACCUUACAUAUCGCAAACCAAUCAAGUUAAUACAACGCAAGGUAGCGCCCUGAUUGCCCAACUCACCCAACCGCCGUCCUCGAUAUCCGGAGCCGUUGUAAACCAAUUCGGGUCCAAUUUACAAACUUCUAUGGCUCAAAAUCAACCUAAAAUACAGACGUCGAUGCCGCAGGCAUCUCAAGCUAAUCCUGUUGCUACGUCUCAAGCGCAGGUAGUAUUAAAAAUGUCCCAGGGCGUUCCGCAAGGAGUCCAAGGCGUCCAAGGCCAACCGCAAUCUAUUAGAGAAAGGCACACGAUAUGGCAAGGGCUUUUGGAAUGGAUCGAGAAGCCUAAAAAUCCCAGCGAUCAGCAAAAAAUUACGAAACACGUACCCUGCCAGGUAUCGGCGAAUUCCAAAGACGGCGAACCCGAGUUAAAAGCCGACGGUUGGCCGCAGAAACUCAUUAUGCAGUUGAUGCCGAAGCAUCUGAUCGGAAACAUCGGCGGAGCUUAUUUGAAAAAUUCGAAAUCCGUGUUGUUUCACCCGCAACCUUGCGAUGCCCUGGAGUCUCUCACGAGAGUGAUGAGUUCCGGAUUUGCCGGAUGUGUACAUUUUACGAGCGUCCCCCCAUGCGAUAUAAAAGUCCUAAUCCUGCUAUACACAGCCGAUAAAAAAGCCUACCUAGGCUUCAUUCCCAACGAUCAAGUAGCAUUCGUCGAUAGAUUACGGAAAGUCAUACAACAGCAAAAAUCCCAGCAAAUGAGACAGCAAAACGGCCCGGGCGCUCCGAACAUAGGCCAGCAAGUGGGCCAAGUUGGCAAUCCCGCUCAAAUGUCGGGGGCCAAUCCUAUAACGUCCCAAAACCAACAAAACAUGUUGAUAUCCCCGACGAACACCCUUUCUAUGGGUGGAGCCCAGAUUACCCAAAACGUGAACAGCGCAGGCCAGCCUGUCCAAGGCAUGGGCGGCAUCAUCAAUCAAAACGUCGCCGCCGGCGGAAUGAGACCCAACAUCAGAAUGCCCGGAAUACAACAAGGCCAAGGGGGACAACAGCAGAUGCAGCAGAACAUGAUGCAGAACCAAGUGCAAAACUCGGCGCCGUUGGAGAACCAAUUGGAGGUGGAACGUCGGCAGAAUUUGGAAAAAAUCAAUCAAUUGAAGCAAACGUUGGAGGCGGCGCAACAGCAGGAGAGACAGUACAAGAGCCAGUUGGAGAGGAUCAGUCACAUGAAAACGUCGCAAUUGGAGCAGGCCUUGCAGGCCGCCCAGCAGACCGAGAUGCAUUAUAAAAUGCUCGAAAAUCAACAGAGGCAACAAAUAGCGAAUCAAGGGGCUCCCCAGUCGGCGACGGCGCAAAAUCAACAGCGUCUCAUGAGACCGGUGAUGCCGAACAAUCCGGGGCUCAGGCAUUUGCUUCAACAGCAACCGCAAUAUCGUCAGUUGAUCAAUGUCCAGCAAAUGGGUGGAAACGGGCCGAGGACGCAAAUGGGCCAGCAAAUGCCGAAUCCUUCGGGUAAUCAACAAAAUACGUUCGACGAAGUCGGUAACUUCGAUUUUAUGUAA